GUUCGCUCACUGAGCUCUCCAUUGUCCUUUGCUGAAUCUGCGCGAUGUCUGACAUGGAAGAACUGACCCCCCGGGAAGCUUUCCUUUCAAGCCAAGAGAUCCUCUCGACAGUCGAAUGGGACGAUGUCCUGCUGGAUCACCAGGCCGCCUCCGAGGCCAUUGCUCUCUUCGACAAUCACAUGAGCACUCUUUUGCAAGCGAUGAUGAGCAUAAAAACAACCAAGUUAUCGCGUUUCCUGAAAGACGCGGUGCUGACGCUCUCACGGCCAAUCAAGGCGAUACAUCGCAUUAGGGAAUACAUCGCCGCUGAGCCCACGACAGCACUCGCACAACAUGUACAAGAGGACCAGGAUGUGUUCGGAGCGUUCGAAGAGAGAGUAUCGGCUACAGUCUGCGAUCUGGUACACAAGAUCGUGGAAUUCUGGGACGGACAACAGAUCUUCAGUCUGAGACUUAGUCCCGCACCAGAGAACGAACGAAACAACCAGCACUACUUACUCGUGUAUCUAAUUUUGCUGCUACUGGAUCGUUGGGUUGCACCAGAGGAGAUGGAGGCUGCAUCUUCGUAUUUUGAGUACACGAACCCAAAGUACAAGGCGUUUUCGUCGCGUGGACCAAAUGCUCCACCACUGCCAAAGAAGGAUACAGGAACUACGUUGCGUCAUCUAAAGACCAUGAUGGAUCUCUGUGCAGAGUGUCAUCUGUCAAUCGAGGACCUACUUGUCUGGAAACCUACGCCAGUAUUCUCGACAGGAGUGGAUGAGGAUGAUGACAGCUACGAUGAAGAGGCGCUCAUCGAAGAUAAUUACCCGCUUUCGGAAACAGGAAUCGCGACCUUGGUCUCGGGCAUGAUCUAUGCCAUGAUCAACUCAUCUCAACUUUCAACCAUUUUCACACUUCCGCUAACGCUCGCUCAGGACUGGGUUUUUACUACAGCAGGAGGAUUGGCAAGCGGAUUUCUAACCAACGAGGAGACCCAGCUUCCGAUGGCGGACAAAGCUCUUUUGGUUUUGCUCUAUGCUAUUGACCGAACACCUAUCGAUGGAUUCGAGAUGGAUGUGCUGGAUUAUUGCUCCAUGGAUAGUUCAAUGGAUCGGAUGGGACUUUUUCAGAUCUUCCAGGUCAUGGUUUCGUUUGCGGCGACGAGCUCUUCGGCCAGCCAUCGGUUCUUUUGUUUCCAGGGACUGGAUCGGUUGGUGCAGGCGUGUCAGGAUGAUGUGAAGAUGUAUUUGUUGGAGCAGCUGGUGUCGUCCAAGUGUCCGUACGAGUCCAUGAGAGCUGCAGCGGUCAACUUGGUUAAGGGGACAGUGGAACGGGCGUUUGUGAAGCUGGAUCAGGUCAGGGCAGACAAUAUGGAAAGGAUGCGGACGCAUGGGCCUACUAUGGAUGGUUCAAUUGGUGAAGUGAGGAGUCCGUUUACAAGUCCGCUGCUGCUAAAGACGUUUGUGCCGUCGAUCUGGAGGUUUGAGGUCAAAGCGUUUGAACAUAGUCCGCUGAAGAAUGAGGGAGCAUGGUUGGACAAGCAUGAUAUGUUUAUGCAUGCACUGAACUUCUAUUUGUUCCUGCUCAUGCGAGACUCACGGGAAGAUAACUUGACGGAGAUCUGGUCUGCAUCCAACAUUGAGGAAACGCGCAAGGAGUUCAUCGAGCCGUUGGUGGAGCGAGUUCAAGAGCUUAAGGAGGACUAUAUUCAGCGACUUGCAACAGCAGAAAUGCGGCAGGAUGGAAUUUUUGAUGAUGAUGCGAUGGAACCACCGGUGCACAGGAUCAGGUCUAAGAACGGGGUUGUCAAUUUCGACAUUGAUAUGGAGAGUGGAGACGAGGAUAGCGACGAUGAUGAAGAUGAUGAUGGCAUGCGGAGGAACGGAGGGCCGAAGGAUACGGUCGUGGAUUUGAAUCAGAAGAUGAUGAAGCUUGAGAUCAUGGACGAACUGUUGGAGCGAAUUCAGGAGCUGACGGCACCUGUGGAACAGGACGACGACGAAUAAAAGGAUACAUUCAGAGAGAGAUCUUGUACCUGGAUCUGAUCGGCAUGCUUAAAAUUCAGUAAAUUAGGGAGUACUAAAUUCAGGUGGAGCGGCAUUUUUGCCCCGGGACCUUGAAGGGAACCAGCAUGGGAGCUGUCUUAAUACCUUGCAAGUGUCCUCGUACCACAUGAAUUAUUUAUCAGUCUGGUGCAGCCAUUGAAGCUCCAACUUGCUCCUGC